CGGUUGAAGCACGCAUGCCAAGCACAUCCAAAGUGGGGCCCCGCCCUGCACGAGCACAGGACAGGCCGCUAUGCCCCCAUGGCCUCUGAAGACACUGUGGCAGGCCGUCCCUUAAAGGAGAAGGAGGAGCUGAAGGAGGAGCAGAAGGAAGGGGACAAGGAGAAGGAGAGGAAGGAUGAGAUCAGCCUCACCAUCCAGGGAAGCAACGGCUCCACCAACACACACAACAACCCCAACCCCAGCGCGUAGACGCCACCCGUCUCCCAUCAGUGCCAUCGAGCAUGGCCUCUGCGGCCCACUGUCUCCUCCUCCUCCUCCUCUUCCUCCCUUCUCCUCUUCUCUCCUUCCAUCCUCACCCCACUUUCCCACAGUCCUCUGUGGGGGAGAUCCCAUUUGCUGGAGACCUUUACAUAUUGUAAGGGCUUAUUAUAUCUAUCCUAACCUCUU